CGGGCGGGAAAAGACACCGGAAUAUAAACAGAACGACGCUGCUGCGCUUCGAUGUCACGUAAUUUAAUGUAAAUGUGCUGAUAAUUUAUGGUUUUAUUCGUGUUUUUCUGACACGACUGCGUUUCGUAUUAAACGGGACGAUGGUUCAAGUAGUUAUAAGAGGCAGCGUUGACGGCAGCAGCCCUCCAGAGUGGCUGCUGGUGGAGCUCCAGGGGGAGAUGGUGUCCAGACACAACUCUGGUCUGGAAGGAAACGUGAUGGGAGACCUGCUCUACACCAAAGAGGGGGUGCCGGUGCUCAUCGUGGGACAUCACAUCCUCUAUGGGAAGCAGGUGAAGCUGGAGAAACCCUUCGCUGUCCUCACCAAGCAUCCGGGCCACUCGCAGGACAACGAGGGUGUCGCCAUGGAGACGGAGCAGCAGGGCUCCGCCUCCACCUCCUACUCCGUGUCGGCACUCAUCAAACGGAAGCUGAUCUUCAAGACGAGACCCAAACCCAUAAUCACCAACGUACCCAAGAAGGUGUAGCAGGAGGGUUUAGACGACGACAACAACAAUAACAACAACAACAUGGAGGAGAUGAUGUCAGAGAUUAAACAUCUGAUGUCAGCGUACAGGAGCAGAGACUCAUCAAAUAAGCUUUCCUUCACUGCAUCUGAUUGUAGCUGUUGUUCAUCCAGCUUGUUUGUUCCAGAAUUUGUAAUAAACUGAUAUUUAUGAGA